CAUCCGGUUUCUACUAGUAUAAAAACUCUCAGCUGUGCUGGAUAUAUACAUAGUUCUCAUGGUUAAAGCUUUGCAAUGAAGUCUCACCUGCAUCAAGUUAUUGUAGUAGUCCUUCUUUUUGUAUGGACAACUGAAAGCAAGAUUUUCUGCACGACUGGUGUCGAGGAACUCUUCAACGAAAAUUGUAGCCAGGUCCUGUUGUCUAGAUGGCUCGAACACAAUUGGGUGAACAUCACUUCAAGUGACCUGCAGGACGUCUUCAGGGGCUGCAUACUGGAACAGAGAGACAGUCUAUUCGGAGGAACCAUCCUCAAUCAACUCGCCCGAUCGUAUGAUGUGUUUCCAAUUCCCCUGAUUGUGAAAAUUUUGAACUAUUUGAAAGAUGAAGGAUAUGCAGUUUAUCUAUCAAUCAUGGACAAUGAUGGCGAUAUACCCCUACACUCAGCAAUCAAAGGAAUGGCCAAUCAAUCUUACAUCAAAAUCUUCGCUGACAUUUUCCCAAAGUACACCGACCAAUGUUUGAAGGCUAUGAACAAUAAGGGUAACGUUCCACUGGAUUUGGCCUUUGAGUUAGGAAACUUUGAAGCGGUGGAAGUGCUACUGGAAUUAUCGGUACAACAUCGAGUGUUAGAACAUUUAACAGGCGUUGAUACACUCAGUAGCACAACUCUGCUACACAAGGCGUUCAAACGUGGACACCUUGAAUACUUCCAAAUCGUGUUAACAGUUUGUAUGAAGCUCAAUAUAUCCAUACUACCAGUGUUAUUGGUUCCGGAUAGUCAAGGUAACACGCCAUGGUAUUAUCUCAUAAACCGACAUAAGUACCAUGAGAUUGAGCAGGUGAUGUACUUGUGCAACAAAUACGGAAUUGAUGUCAAUAAACUAUAUUCAGACCCUCAGAAGAAAACAACGAUGUUGCACGAAGCUGUCCGCAGGAACGAUCGACAAUGCGAGAAGAUACUAAGAAAGUGGGGAGUGACAGACCAGCCUGACAACAAGGGACUCUGGCCACAACAACGAAACCACCGAUUCAGCUCAAAUGGCCUUGCAGAAAAUAAGGAUUCUCAUCCCAUUACCAGGAUCAAGGAUCUGUACAUAAUGCUCGAAGACGUGGGAAAUUGGGAGGCACUAUGUGUACAUUUGGGUAUCAGAAGUGGUUUUAUCGACGAGCUAAGACAUUCUCGACUUGAAGUAUCGGUCCAAAAGCUUCGGUGUGCUGAGGCAUAUUUCGACAAUGGCAACCCCACGUGGGAAGAAGUGAUCCUAGCUGUGACCCUGUAUCCCAUUCAUAAAUUAGAUAUUGUCCGCAAGAUCACCCAGGAACAUUUGCAAAAUUGAUAGAUAAUUAUCACACGGACACCACUAGAAUUAUAACGUAGCAGCUAGAAUCACUCAAACAUUUUAGAGCAUUAGAUGUAUAUAUAUACUUCCAAUGCUUUUGUUAGUAGCUCUUUGUAGAAAACUGUAUCCUCAAAUAAGCUUUUCUGAGUGUGAA